AUGCCUGAGGUAGCUGAAGUUGCACAUGUAUGUGCUUUGCUUCGAAGAAACAUUUUAGGCUUCACCAUUAAAGAAGCCAAACUUAGUCUUGAUACUUUGCUCUUCCCAGCACUCAAGACUGCCAAAGACCAGGAAGGUACUUUAGCAGGUUUCACGGAUAAACUUAAUGGAGCAGAGGUUUCUUCAAUUGGCCGUCAUGGCAAGUACUUCUGGAUGAGACUUGCUAAGCCUGAGCUUGAACCGACUGUGAUGUUGAUGCACUUUGGUAUGACAGGCAUGGUGAAGCUUCGUGAUAUCGAGUCCCACUUGAUCUUCAUGGAAGGUGGUGGUGAUAAGAAAGUGUUGGACAGAGCCAUGCAGAAGGAUUUGUCUGAAGGUACGACUGACGAGAAUAAUACCAAUAAGAGAUCGAAUAAGCCGCCUAUAGAGACAGACGCGGAAGCGGAAUGGCCUCCAAGGUUCACGAAGUUUGAGUUGCUGCUUGAGAAGGCUGAUUCUGUGGUGAAGAAAGAGGGAGGUGAAGCAGAGCAAGCUUUACGGACUCUUGAUUUUGCUUUUACAGAUCCUCGAAGGCUAGGUAGGGUGCGUAUUCUUACUGGAUCUGAGUAUGCUACGGAUGAUCUUCUUUUACAGCAAGAUCCUCUUAAAAGUCUUGGACCAGACUACCUGAAGGCUGCCGAAGGUGAUGCUGUCAUGAAGGAAGAGGACGGUGUUGAUAGCUUCGAGUUUGGUGACCCGGAUCCGCAUCAUCACGGUCGUCCUAGACUUACUAAGGAAGAUUUCGCCCAACUUGUGCUCAGCAAAAAGAAGGCCAUUAAAUCUUUGCUCUUGGACCAGGAACAUUUCGCUGGCGUUGGUAACUGGGUAAGUGACGAGAUAUUGUUUCAUGCCAAAAUCCAUCCGAACGAGACUAUUUCCAAUAAGAUUGAAAGCCCUGCUGAUGAGAUCCUUGAAAGUUUGUAUAACGCAUUGAUCUAUGUGAUGGAGGAGAGUGUACGUGUGGAAGGCAACGUUCAUAGGUUUCCAGAUCAUUGGCUUAUGAUUUACAGAUGGGGCAAGGGUAGAAAAGUCAAGGCCAAAACCAAGGCUGGACACGCUGUGGAUCAUGUUACUGUUGGAGGCAGAACCAGCUGCUUCGUUCCAGAGAUUCAAAAACCGUUAAAGAAACGGAAAGGCGGUGAGGUCGAAGAGCUGCAGAAAAAGAGACUUAAGAAGUUCAAGAACGAAGAGGAGGAUUGA